AUGUCAGGUGUAUUACACGACGACGCUCUAGAAAUUGCUCACGUUGAAGAAGAUCGCGGAGUCAAGGGUGAAGCCGCGCUGAUUGAUGUCGAUGACCGCGAAGAAUAUUUUGUAAAACCUUUGUAUACGUACUACUGUACUUGUGGAGAAAUGGCUAUGAUUAGUGAUACUCUCCUUGGUCGAAUGCCUCUGAGAAAACGCGACGGCGCUCGAGUGAUUGCUCCGGAACGAACAACUGCCAAGACAUUUGCGAAAUCGGGAGAUACCGUGUACAUUAAAAGAAGCGUUGGACUUGAGCAGCAAUAUCGUAAAUGUUGUAAGAAAUGUGGUGUUCCGCUAUUCUAUCAGCACCCAGCGAAUCUGUCGAGAACUUUUAUAUUUGCUGACGCUUUGCUGUCAGCCCAGGAAGUUGGUGGAUUCAGUGGAAACAAUGAAGAACAGAGAGCGAAGAAGGUUAUUAUGAAGAGAAAUGUGAAGAACCAAGGAAAAAUUGGAAGUGUGACUGUUUCGACUAUGGAAGGAGAAGAGGAAGAAGAAAUGGAAGCGAGAGAAACCUCCGAAUCUUACACGAUGAAUGCUCGAAUUGUUCACGAUACACUGAAGAGGAAGGGAAUGAUUGGAAAGUUUGCAGUUCCACAAGAGCCGACGACGUCAGAAACCAAGCGAAAACGGGGAACACUUAUAUAA